GUAACAUUCGAGAUCUGGCGAGCUGGACAGCUGGCGAAGCGAUACACCGGAUGCACCGGGAACAUUUGGGAUCCACAGGAUGCCCAAACCAGAUCGUCAGGCAGGACCUUUUCGGCUGGUGUUCAUACCUAUGGCCUGAAGGCGUCGAGGCGACCUGAUACCCGAUGUCUGGGUCCUGAACGUCCUGAACAUCGACGUCGUAGCUUUCUGCAUUGUUCGUCAAUUCCAAGUCGGGAGGUCCUAUGACGAGUUCGAUGGUUACCGAAGGCAUAUAUAUGCCGACCAAGUAGAUGAAUGAAAAUCUGCGUCGACACCGCCAGGCAAAGCGUUUACCAAGUCGCUCAGCUCUCUCUUCAAGAUGCCGUCCGUCAUGCUGCACCUCAUCUCCGUCCUAUCACACGUGACGAUAUUACUCUUCGUCAUACUGGUCGCCAUACUCUCCUUUUGGACAAGUCAACGGGUCCGCAAGGCGUCCUCAAAAUCUCCCUUUGACUACUUCGCACCCGUGUCCGAACAUUCCAAGGAUGAACUAUCCCGGAGACACUCGGAAAAGCUAUCGACCGGUAGCUUCCCGUUUCCCCCUAUCGUCAAGAGGUCCAUGAGCCAAGGAAGUGCUCAUCUCGUUACGAGCGAAAAGCAACCGAGGUCAUCCGGAUCGUAUGGCUGGCGGACUCCACCCCUUCGACAGGCUAGGUCAUAUAGCAUCUCCCCGUCGUGCGUGUCCGAUCGGGACGAUGUCAAGUCCGAGUCAUCUGGAUAUACAUGGGAUGGUCAGAAUUCCGAGUUUGGAUACUGGCUCAGCGACGGGGAGGAUGCGAACAGUCCUACCGGGUCUUUGCUAGACGAGGGCGAGGACGGCAUGCUACCGCCUUCGGCAAGAGAUGUUUUGCACAGGAGAGCAACAUCGGGGAGGAGGAUCAUCGCCGCCAUUGGUCUGCUUCGGGCUGCAUUGGGCGUUCCCGCGCUACUUCACUACUCGAGAAUUGGGUUUGAAUCGGUCCCAGAAGCCCUGCUAUCCAACUUUGAUCUCUUGGUGUGUGACAUCGCACUGUCCACAGGACUGGCUGUCGCGCCGGUGUUACUGUGUCUGCUUAGUCUCAGCCUGGAACUACCAUCCUCCUGGGAGCAUCACGUCUAUCAUACCAGCAUGAUCCUGGCUGCCCUACCUCUCAUUGCUGGACUACAGCUCUCCGAGUCGCCAGAACUGUCACUAUUUCGCUUGGCCGCUCCUGUUUUCUCGGUGGUCGCCUUCCUUAUAGCUCGAGAUCAAGCUUUAGUCACGUACUGGUCGCCUUUGGCAGCGCGUCAAGGGAAUCACCCCGGCUGGCUAUGACCGCGGCGACGCUCGAUUCGAGAUCGUCAGCCGAAGAGCAGCAUUACAUUGUAUAAU